AUGAAUACAAUUGUGAAAAACAGCAAAAUACUAAACACCUUGACGAAUGCUAUUGAUAACAAGGAAGAGCUUAAGAAACGAACAGAAUGUGGCAAACAAGUGUUACAAGAUCUGCUCAUUUGUGUUCAAAAUUGCCAAAAUCGGUUUGGAGGAAAAUCUGAAUUAGCCACUGAGGAUGACAUAAGAAUAGUUCAUCUGUGUGAAAAGUGGGAGAAAGUUUUGAGUCAUGGCAUAAGAACAAACUUGUCAAAUUCUGCAAUACAAAGUUUGGUUACUGCAGGUUUGAAUUUUACAUUCAACAUAAUUAAUGUAGGCAAUUCUCUGUGGAGCUACACCUGUCUACACUUAACUAAACAUGAGAAAGAGAGAUUUAAGAUUUUAGCCAACAUUAACACACCACUUGGAUAUUUUAGAGCAUUUCUUAGAGCAGCUCUCAAUGAAAGGUCUUUGGAAAGGUAUCUCCAUAGUUGGAUUGGUCAUGGUCUCCUUAUGGAAUAUUACGAGGAAGGGGCCCUGGUUAGAGACAAUGAAACUUCCAAUCUACUUCCAAAUAUGGCAGCAGGCUUAUCAUCUAUUUUAUUUGCCCUAUCUAUUGACAGAGCACAGUUGAAUGAAUCACAACAAACUAAUCAAAUUAAUAAAGCAGAGCUUGUUAUACCUCUUCCCACGCCCAUGAAGGCAUCAAACAAUCAAAAAAAGAAACCCUUACGCCAAGUUAUAUCAUUUGAUAAAAGUGAACAAAUCAAUCAAAACAAAGAAAAAAGGAAGUCAAUGCCCACUGUUGACCACAAUGACGAGAUGUGGAAAAGUGCGCCGGCUACUUGUCUCAACUCGCCAGACCCAAAAGUAACGCUUCAUGCAGCAUCUGGCAGUGAACCAACCAGUUCAGAAAUCAAAAGCAGUAUUAGACAUUUUUUUCCGGACAGUGUAAAAGUAAUGGACAGCCCAUCACAAAUUUUAACAAAGCUUUCCGAGUGCGCUAAAGAGAUAUUUUCGUCUUCAAAUAGUAUAGAUACUAACAAUAUUCUCAAAGAUGAUGUAUCAGAAUUAAGCAUUAAUAAUCUAAAAAUAUCAGAAAGUGACAGUGAAGAGGUGGCCGGCAGCAUAGAUGGGAGUACUUCAUGCUUAGAACUUUGUUUCACUGAAGAUGAAAGUGUACCUGAAGAGAAAACUUUAAAUAGUAUUUUAGAAAGUAGAGAUAAAGAAUUAAUAAAUUUACAAAUAAAAUGUAGUCAGCUAGAGAUAGCUAGUAAGGAGAAAACACAAAAAUUAGAGAAAGUUAUUUUGGAUCUGAGCAAAGAAAAUAAUAGAUUAAAAGAUCAGCUUAGGCACUACAUGUCUGCUGUGGAGAUGGGCAAGGCUUUAAAAACCGGAAGCGGUGACUCUGAAGAAAUAAGUUUAUAUGAAAACAAAUUAGUACAGGUAGCAGAAAUGCAUGCAGAGCUUAUGGAAUUCAAUCAAUAUCUGCAGAAGCGGCUUCAAGAUCUUGAAAGUACUUCAACAAUUGAGGUCCUAGAUCUUCCGGAAUCUAACGUGAAAGCUCAUAUUCCCACUGCUUUUUUGGUUGGCAAAAAAAGACAGUCCUACCAUGUAUAUCAGAUAUACUUAAAAGUAGGUCUUGAAGAGUGGAAUGUCUACCAUAGAUAUGCAAAGUUCCACGAGUUACAUAUGCAACUCAGAAAGUGUCAUCCCGAUAUUACAAAUUACAAGUUUCCACCAAAGAAAACGCUGAGGAAAAGAGAUGCGCAGUUAGUCGAGCAGCGUCGAGUCGCGCUGCAGGCGUAUCUUCGCUACAUUCUGCUUGUAUUACCGGAACUGCGAGACUGCACCAGUCGCUCACAGCUCAUAACACUGCUACCAUUCUUUGGUACUUCAUCUACGAGUUCGCGCGAGAAUGGACUAAGUCACAUUUUGAAUCGACAGCAAUCCGACGACUCAAUGUCUACAUAUGAUGCACUAUGAUAGGUAACAGUGAACUUUUAAGUCAACACAUACAUCUGAAAAUUAAUCAAUUUUCGUGAAGUCGUUUUAGGUAUAAAAAUAAAAUAACAUUUUUUAAUGCUUAACGAAUUUGUUGUCUACGAGAAACGAAAACAUUUCAUUAGUAUACUCUCUUAUCUACAUGUGUACUUGCACGCAAAGGGUUGGACCCCACUUGAUAAUAUACAUGCGCAUUUUAGGUGAUGAUAUCACCCACACAUGUACGCGCCGCAACGCAUCGCACUUGUUAGCACCUUGCCCCAUAUUAUAUCGUAUGCAUAACGUUACAUUAAAUUGUACAUAAAAAUAAUAAUAUUUUUGUAGAAGGUAAAGUUUCUGUUUCAUUGUUCUAACCAAGGUUUUAAUGCACCGCAGCGUCGCAUUCCUUGGCUGCGACAAUUUGAGGCGACCUUAAGCGUAAUUUCGAUCGAUCCAUCGGUGCUGAUGAGUGCCACUACCAUGAUUAACAAUUUGAUUGUCGCUAGUGACCGCUUCCAAUUUAACAAAUUGGUAUAGCGACUCUAGCCUAUAGUCUAGUCAGAAGAACUGAUAUUUUCUAUAAAAAUAUUUUAAUAAUAAAUAUUUUUUAUGAUGGGC